GAUUUAUAAUUUCUAUAGAGAAAGGGUCGGGGCGCCUGGGCCCACGCAGAGGAGGGCUGGUACGUCUUUAAACCUCUGCCCGCUGCUUAGUCACAGCCCCCCUCGCUUGGGUGUGUCCUUUGCUCGCUCCCUCCCUCUUCCCUCUUAGGUCACUCGAAUAAAAGCUGCAGCCAACUUCCGAGGCGCCCUCAUUGCCCAUCGGUACCCCAACCUCUAACAGGUUCCGGCCGCCCUCCACGCCCUGUUCUCCGCCGUCCCCCGCCCAGCGCGCCGGGACCCUCCAGCUCCACUCGCUUGCUCUCUCUCUGUCCGCUCCGACACCAUGGACAAGUUUUGGUGGCGCGCAGUCUGGGGACUCUGUCUCGUGCAGCUGAGCCUGGCGCAGAUCGAGUUGAAUGUAACCUGCCGAUAUGCAGGCGUAUUCCAUGUGGAGAAAAACGGUCGCUACAGCAUCUCACGGACGGAGGCUGCUGACCUCUGCAAGGCUUUCAAUUGCACCCUGCCCACCAUGGCCCAGAUGGAGAAGGCCCUGAAAGCAGGGUUUGAGACCUGCAGGUACGGGUUUAUAGAAGGGCAUGUGGUGAUUCCUCGGAUCCACCCCAACUCCAUCUGUGCUGCAAACAACACAGGGGUGUACAUUCUCACCUCCAACACCUCCCAAUAUGACACAUAUUGCUUCAAUGCUUCAGCACCAGACGUAGAAGACUGUACAUCAAUCACAGACCUGCCCAAUGCCUUUGAUGGACCAAUUACCAUAAGUAUUGUUAACCGUGAUGGCAGCAGAUACGUCCAGAAAGGAGAAUACAGAACUAACCCAGCAGACAUCAACUCUAGCAACUACACCAACUCUACUGAAGAUGACAUCACCAGCGGCUACUCCAGUGAAAAAAGCCCUUCAAUAGAUUACAUCUUCCACACCGACCUUACAACUGCAUACCCGACCCAAGAAAAAGACCGUCCCCGGGUGUCCGGCAGCCCAGAGAAAACACCCACUACCAGUAUGGAUUCAAAUCUCAUCUCAGCAGGCUGGGAGCCAACUGAAGAAGACGAAAGAGACAAACACCCCAUUCAUUCUGGAUCAGGCAUUGAUGAUGAUGAAGAUUUUAUCUCCAGCACCAUUUCAACCACACGACGGGUUUUUGACUACCCCAGCCCGAAUGAGGAUUUGCAGCAAUGGAGCCCAGACGUUUUAAAUCCAGAAAUAUUACUUCAGACAACUGCAAGGAUGACUGAUGUGGACAGAAGUAGCACCAGCGAUUAUGAAGAAGGCUGGACCCAGGAACCACACUCUCCUCUCAUUCACCACGAGCAUCCCGAGGAAGAGGAAACUCAGCAUUCUGCAAGCACAACCCCGGCAACCCCUAGUAGUGCAACAGAAGAAACAGCUACCCAGAAAGAGCAAUGGUUUACGAAUGGAUGGCAUGGGGAAUAUCCCCAAACGCCCAAAGAAGACUCUCAUUCAACAGCAGGCACAGCUGCCUCAUCCCAUGACAACCAUCCAGAUCAAAGAAUGACAACGCAGAGUCAAGAGGACAGUUCCUGGACUUAUUCCUUCAACCCAAUCUCACAUCCAAUGGGACGAGGUCAUCAAACAGAAAAAACAACGGAUAUGGACUCCAGCCAUAGUACAACACUUCAGCCAUCUGCAGAUCCAAACACAGGUUUGGUGGAAGACUUGGACAGGAUAGGACCUCUUUCAAUAACAACUCAACAGAGCCAUACUCAAAGAUUGGCUACAUCACAUGAAGGCUUGGAAGAAGAUAAAGACCAUCCAAUGACUCCUACUCCAACAUCUAGCAAUAGGAAUGAUGGAGGAGGUGAAAAUCUUGCCGAAGACUCAACUGCUUCAGUGGAAGGUUAUAGUCCUCAUUCUCCAGACACAAACGAGUAUAGGACCCUCAUCCCAGUGACUCCUGCUAACACUGGGUCCCCUGGAGUUUCUGAAGUUACUGUUGUUGGAGAUUCCGUCUCUAACGUUGAUAGUUCCUUAUCAGGAGACCAAGACUCUGACCCCAGUGGGAAGGGCCACACCACUCAGGGAUCUGAAUCAGCUGGACACUCAAGUGGGAGUCAAGGUGGGGCCAACACGACCUCUAGUCCUAUGAGGAAACCUCAAAUUCCAGAAUGGCUGAUCAUCUUGGCAUCCCUUCUGGCCCUGGCUUUGAUUCUCGCCGUUUGCAUCGCUGUCAACAGUAGAAGAAGGUGUGGGCAGAAGAAAAAGCUGGUGAUCAACAAUGGAAAUGGAGCUGUGGAGGAGAGAAAGCCAAGUGGACUCAACGGGGAGGCCAGCAAGUCUCAGGAGAUGGUGCAUUUGGUGAACAAGGAGCCCUCAGAGACCCCCGACCAGUGUAUGACAGCCGAUGAGACCCGGAACCUGCAGAAUGUAGACAUGAAGAUUGGGGUGUAACCCCUACACCAUGAUCUUGGAAAAAAAUGACACGUCACCCUUACAGGGAGCUGGGACACUACUCAGAUGCAAUGUGCUACUGAUUAUUUCAUUUCGGUUCUUUUUUUAGCAUAAAAUUUUCUACUCCUUUUUGUUUUUUUGUGUUAUGUUUUUUUAAAGUCCAUCCAAUUUAUAAGAACAGCAUUGCUUUCUGAAAUGAUGGCCCAAUCAACAAGAAUUUGACGGUUCCAGUUCCCACCUAGAAGCCUCUCACUCCCUGGGGUGUGCUAUGGACAGCUUCUAGCAAAAGCCACAAAUCCCUCUUCCCAGUCCCAACCUUCUUCCCACCCCACCUCCCAGGCGAUAGCCACAUGCUAAAGACAUCCCCAGGGCUAGGAGGGAUUGGUUCCUGGGAGGAAGUUGGAAUGGGUCCAUAUUGCCCCUCCAGCAAUCCAGUCCCUGGGCGUCGCUUUCCAGUGGGGUAGGAGAUCGGGUGUACUGGUUAUACAUCCCCUUCUACAGACCCUCUGGAAAAUUUUCAGAUGCUUCUGGAAAUGCCCAAAGGAGGAAGCUAUUUAUCUGUAGUAAGCUAUUUAUCUGUGUUUUUGAAAUAUUAAACCCUGGAGGUCCUUUGAUCAGUAUGAUUUUUGUUUUGUUUUGUUACUUCGUCACAGGCAUAAAGGGGUUUAUGCUGAUUCAUAAUAAAUAUCUGUACUUCUUUCACUGUAA